GUGAGAUUUGAUCGCAGUCUUGAGGCACCUGCUGGCCACCGCGCGAGGGAAAGGCUGCGAGUCUCCUCUGCUGCUACCUGUUACGCCGCAAGUAUGUGGACGAAUUUUAAUUAUUGGGCCACGGUGCUGCUAACGGCGAUGGUGUGGGGGGUGACGGCGCGGGAUGCUGGGAACACCCUUUCUGUCGCUGCCUAUCAACACACGGCGAUUUUGGACCAGCGCGGCGACUUCGUCAUGAGGUGGACGCCCGAGGAAGAGAGCCUCAGGGUGGAGAUCCAAGAUCGUUACGCCCACGGCGAGACAACACCCGUGGUGGACCACUCACAGGACAUGGUGGUGGAGGGCGGCUACCAAAACGACACCCACACCGUGAUACGCUUCUCGCGGCCCUGGAACACCUGCGACAAGAGUCAAGACAUGAAGCUUUCGGGGGAUACGAUGAAGAUUAUCUGGGCAUUCGGCGAGGAAGAUCCGGUUGACGAGAUGGUGAUGGAACGACAUGCGCAGCGAGGAGUCAAGAGCAUCUAUUUGAAAGAGCCGAGCUUCGCGCUGCCGCCCCUCACGGAGGACAUCGAGGCGUGGGACAUCCGUGCACCAAACGUGAGUCUACCAUCCCACACAGACACAGUCUACUGGUGCAAACUCUACAAGGCGCCAGAUUACGUCAACGGUGCGCACAUAAUCGGGUUCGAGCCGCUCAUCACGAAAGACAACCUCGCCUACGUGCAUCACAUGGUCCUGUACAACUGCAUCGGCUCCCCUUCCCACCUGGACAAGUGGGCGCAGCACGACGGCGUCCAGUGCUACACGUCCAACAUGCCUCCCUCGUGGUACUCAUGCACAACAACAUACAUCGCCUGGGCGGUGGGCAGCGAAGGUGAGUCUGUCCGUCUCUCCGUAACGGAGUAUCGGACCGAGGGUAGGGAGACAAAACCAAUGAUUGACGUGUGGGUUUACUUAAUGUAAUUACGCAUGAAGAAG